AAAAGUACUUUGUGAGUGAAAAAAUAUGCCUCCCAAGUUCAAACGCCAUUUAAAUGACGAUGAUGUAACGGGUUCUGUAAAAAGCGAAAGGAGAAAUCUUUUGGAAGAUGAUUCAGAUGAAGAGGAGGACUUUUUUCUAAGGGGACCAUCUGGACCAAGAUUUGGACCUAGAAAUGAUAAAAUUAAGCAUGUUCAGAAUCAGGUGGAUGAAGUUAUUGAUGUUAUGCAAGAAAAUAUUACAAAGGUAAUUGAAAGAGGGGAGAGACUAGAUGAACUGCAAGACAAAUCAGAAAGCUUAUCGGAUAAUGCAACUGCUUUUAGCAACAGAUCCAAACAACUUCGAAGACAAAUGUGGUGGCGUGGAUGCAAAAUAAAAGCUAUCAUGGCUUUGGCUGCUGUUAUCCUUUUGUUAGUGAUUAUCAUUCUUAUAGUUGUGAAAUACCAUACUUGAUUUGAUGACAGAGAUCUUCAUUAGACAGGAUCUGGGACAAUAAUAACAAUAAAAGAUUGCUGCAUAAUUUAAAUGAAACCUAUGUAUACACUUCCAGACUUCUUUUUCAAGAAACUGAGAGGCAAGUAUCACUUCAAAUUAGAACAUUGAGAAUGUCCAGCUAUCUUCUUCCCUUCUAACAAAAUGUGCUUUCAGUAAUUAUGUUUAAGGCAGAAAUCACCAGCCUCUUUUUUUUGCCAUAUUCCAAGGUUCUGAUUUGAAGCUCGAUACUUGCCAGUUCAUUAUUCGUGUAUAUAGUUGAAUGCUGAUGAUGCUAUUUCAUCCUGUUAUAUUUUAAUGGUAUAAGGACUUGAGUUAUUGCCUCACAAUGGGGAUCAGGCUACAGGUCGAGGAGCCUUUGUAGAGUACCAAAUCAUUGUGCUGUAAGAGAUGCAUCAUCUGUCAAUAUUUGCAAAAUUAUUCUUUACACAUUACAGUUGCUUUGCAAACAGUUCUCACAUGUGUAUGGGUAUAACAUGCUAAAUAUUGUAAAUGUUGCUGCCUUCGGGUAUAACUGAAAACAUUCCAGUAAACCUAUUUUUUACUGU